AUGAUAACAAAGUAUACUGCUAACAAAAUUUUUCAAGCUUGCUGCAAAACUACAGAAAAAAAGAAAGCCACAAUUGGCUCUAAGACCUUGAUGAACAAAGAGCAAGAGAAAAACGUGCAAACAAAAAUAACUCAGCAAAUCCCUAAUUGCCAAGUCACUAAAGAAGAAAAAAAUGAAGCACUUUUGCUGAAUCAAAUGAGUCCAGCUUUUAAGUGCCACCCGUCACGGAAAGCAGCCUUUCCCUCUCUCGCCCCGUCGGGAGACCUCGGCGCACCCUCACCUCACGACAACGCGACACUCGGCGCCCUCCGCCGCACCAGCCCCCUCAGCGGCAGCCCAAACCGCCACCUCCGGACCUCCUGUCCUGCUGGAGAUGGGACCCCCGCCCCCCCCAAGCCCAAAACUGAAAGCGAGUUUCAUGGCAGGGUAGGGGGAAAUCAAGCUAAUUCAGCCGCCCCCGACAAUGGCACCGAUAAAACCUUGGAGUUUACCUGCCUAAUGCAAAAGGGAACCAAAAGAGAACCGGGCCUCCUUUUCCCUUGGAUACAAGCAUUUGUUACAAGAAGACUAACUUCUAAUCUGCCAAGUAAUGAAGAAAGGGAAGAGUCAUCCUGAUUGUCUGUGGACCAAAAGCUGAAUAAAGUCAGGGUAAACUGGGCCUCACAAAUGGAUUUUUGUUAAAGUCAGGGAAAUAAUAUAUCACUUUUCUCAUAAUCAAAGACACACAAUGAAUCAUGAUAAGAACUGAUGUGAAAAACUCUAUAUGGUUAGGUUAGCCUAUGCAUCUUAUUCAUUGAUUGUCCAUAUUGCCUGUACAUUUGCUUGUAAACCGGCUCAGGUCUGCAGCAAGUCAUGUAGAUUUGGAGAUGCAGAAAGACAGGCAGGGUGGAGAGCUCAUCCUAGCUCCCAUCUCAUGUGUACAAGCACUGCUGGCACAAGUCUGAAUUUCUUGGAUUUUAAACUGGAGUAAGACAUAAACAGCCAAGAUUAUAUAUAUAAAGUCUGUAUUCUCAAAGCCAAUGCACUGGAGUACAUACAAGCUUUUUUCACUGGCUUCCCUAUACUAGUUCAUCAAAAUAAUAUAUAUAGAAGCCUAUGGUCAUGUGUUUUUCUGUAACAGCGAAGCAGACACCUCGCAGAGGCUUCCUUCUUCAACUUCUAAAGUUUAUGCCCUUAA